AUAUCAUGGGGUGCAGAACUCUGUGCUUUGGACUAUUAUUUAUUCUCUUUGCUUAUUAUAUUUAUAUUCCCAUCCCAGAAAACAUUGAAGAAACCUGGAAAAUAGGGUUCAUGAAUACUGUGCUAAAAAUGACUUCACUUACGGCUAAGUUAUUUGAAAAUAUAGGUCUUAUGAGGUAUGAAGAAUUAUUUGUCAUUUUAACGAAUCUGGACAUGACAGAACCAAUUUCAGAUGAAAACAUUACAGUGACUGACACAACCUUUAGUGACAUUCCAGUACGUUUGUAUUUACCAAAAUGGAAGUCACAAAGGCAGAGACCGGCUGUAAUUUUUCUUCACGGUGGUGCCUUUGUCUUGGGAAGUUGCAAGAAUUCGCCUUAUGAUUUGCUGAACAGACAGACGGCAAACAAACUUGAUGCUGUUGUUGUGGGAGUGGACUAUAGACUAUCUCCUCAAUAUCAAUUCCCCAUUGCCCUUGAAGAUGCUCUUUCUGUGGUCAAGUUCUUUCUACAGGACAAAAUUCUUGAACAAUAUAGGGUGGAUUCCACCCGAAUCUGUAUCUCGGGUGAUAGUUCCGGGGGUACAUUGGCAGCAUCAGUGACUCAACAGCUAAAGAAUGACCCAGUAUUCAAAAAUAAAAUUAAGGCACAAGCUUUAAUUUACCCUUUUUUACAAAUAAUUGAUUCCUUCACGCCAUCUCACCGAGAAAAUGAACAUGGCCCGCUUCUAACAAGGGAUAUUGCAGCUAAAUUGGGAGCCUUGUAUGUGACCAAAGAUGAAGCACUUUCUCAGGCAAUAAUAAAAAACAAACAUAUUCCUCAAGAAUCAAGACAUCUAUUCAAGUUUGUUAACUGGAGUAUCUUUCUUCCUGAUAAGUUUAAAAAGAACCAUAUUUAUAGGGAACCAAUUCUUGAAAGAUUUAACUUAUCAUAUCCAGCACUUUUGGAUAGUAGGUUAUCACCCUUGUUAGCCAAUGAUUCCCAGUUACAAAAGUUGCCUUUAACUUAUGUUCUCACCUGUCAACAUGAUAUUCUAAGAGAUGAUGGACUUAUAUAUGUCACACGACUUCAAAAUGUUGGAGUUAACGUUGUUCAUGAUCACAUAGAGAAUGGAUUCCAUGGAGCUCUAUCAUUCAUAACAUCACCAUUUUAUUUACUCAUGGGCAUUAGAAUAAAAAAUAAGUAUAUUACUUGGCUAGAAGAAAAUCUAUAAAUCCAUAAAUCAUACAUGUCAGCAGAUAAUCAUUUAGUUAGUAUUAUAAUCCAAAGAUUAUGUUUGAAAGUCUUGUGAGUUUCAUGGACAGAACAAUGGCAUGAGUUUGGGAUAAAUCAAAGUUUAAAUCAGAGUAACUUCAAAUCUAAGUUUAAAUUGUGUACCUUAGAACAAAUUAUUUAGUUUUUCUACUCUUUAACCUUGCUAAAGUUAAGACAUUAUUGUAUUAUUCCCAUUUUAUAUAAUUUACUUGUUAAACACUAAAUAUCCACUAAUACCAGUAAAGUAUAAAAGUGAGUAUGAUUAUAGGCAAAGUAGGCAUAAAAGUUUCUGGGCAGUGAUAGGAAUGGUAAUGGCAAGUGAGGAAAAAAUUUAAGGAAGGAAAAUUGCAAUGAACUUUGUAUGAGGGUAUCCCUACAUUACAUUGCAGCCAUUUUUUCUAUUAGAUAUGUCCCAUACAUUACUUACAUCUGCCCAAUGUAAAUUCUAUUAGUUUUUCCCCAUUCACUUAAUAAAAACUAAGUCUGAUUUCAAAUGUAUUGCUAGGAUUCUUUGCCUAUAGAAGAGGAAAAAAUUAACUUCUGGACUCUAAAUUAUUUCUAUAGCCUGAAAUGUUCACCCUUACUCAGACUUUUAGCAAACUCACUACAAACUUUUAGCAAAUUUUACUACAUUGAUUGCUAUGUGCUGAUUAUUAAUCCAAGGAGCUUCCUAAUGAACUAUACAUGUCAGCCAAAAUUAUUUAUUCUAUUAUGGUGAAUUCCAGGUUGAAUCAUAUAUCCUCAUGCAGGAUAUGCAAGUAGCAAGAUAACCUCUGGAAUUCUUUCUUGUGAUGAUGAGUUCAAUACUCAUCAUGUAGCCUAUUCUAACCUCAUAACUAAAAUGCAUUCCCAUUUUGAGGCGUAAGAAGUAAUGUCUAAUUUUUGAGGUCCUUGUGAGGCUGCUAUUGCCUGAUGUUGUUUUCUCUGUUCUGAGUCUUUUAUAAAUGCUUGGUAAAUAUGGUAAUGUGUAAAUUUACUUGUUUCUGUGGAUUUGAUUGAUAACUAAAUACCAAAAUUUUUUCUUUUGGUCUGCCGCUUAUUCAUUUGCUGUUUGGCCAUCUCAACAAUAAUCUU